AUGCUAAUUGAGAAAUGUAAUUUGGGAGGCAUCCCCUGCGUCUACUUCGCAAUUCAAUGCAGAAGCAUCCUAUACAAAUAUUUAAAUCAUUAUGAUAAGAACGUCGCGUAUAGCCCUUUGGUCAACAUCAACAAUUUAAACAUAAAGACUUACGUCAUAUGCAUUUUUAACAGCUUGCGCCAGAUUUACCACGAUGAGGGAAUAAGCGGAUUAUACAAGGGGUUAAUACCCAUGCUGGCUCACAUCAUAUCGAAGAAGUCCAUUUAUUACCUACUCGAAAAGAUACAUUUUGUCAUUCGGAGCAGAAGGAGAAGAGAACAACGGAGGGGUUCAUACAACAAGGGGAAGGCACCUCGCCGCUACGGACACAGAUUUGCGGACGACGACCAUGGAGACGACCUCGAAGAUGACCGCGAAAACGCGACCAACUUCAUCGGGGACGAGAUCAACUUGCAAGUUGUGCGGCAGAUGGAUAUGGUCAGGGACGAUGACGACUCCGUUAAGAAGAAGAAGAAAAAAAAAUAUUUCCACCUCUCCUUUUACCACAGCUUUUACGAAUACCUCAGCUGCGUCCUGUCCUACCCCCUCCUGAACAUAUCGACCAAAUUGAUCGUCUUCCAAAACAAUUCGGUGUCGCUCAUGAACAACCUAAAAGCCCUGGUCCACCUGACCUACCUGUACGACGGAGUCAACGGCUUCUUCAAGGGACUAAACAGCUACCUGCUCAUACAGUCGAUGGAGAAGAUACUUAACUGCUUCCUCUACCGAGCCUUUUCUGACAGCUGCUCGUAUGAGAAGGUUCUCACCAUUAAGGUGGUCCUAUCAACAUGCCUGAACACCAUCAUGGCGCCGUACAUUCAGUACUCCAUCCUUAACAGGUCCCAGUCGGUCGUGCCGGGCCUUUGCCAAGACGCAAGCUUUAGCCAUUUUUUUUGCAAUUUUCACUGGAAGAGUCACCUGUCAAAUGUGUCGGUCGGAUUAGCCGUUGCUGGGAUUCAGCUCAUCAUCAUCGCGCUGCUCCCGAGGGAAACCCCCAAGAGCGACGAAGUUGUGGACCAGGAAAAGGACGAGUACUUCUGA